UUCAGUAAUAGAACUGACGUUACACAUGAUGGUCUGGUUUUGAGAAAUAAUCAAAAUACAUAUAAAGUUAAUAAUCAUUAAUCAUAAUACAUCAGGAAGGUGAGAAUAAUAAAGAUUGAUUAGCAAAAUUUUAUUAAAACUGGGCGCACGGAGGAUAUAGCUGACCAGUUGCAAAUUUGUGGUUAAGCCGUUCACAACACAGAGAAUCCAAUUUUGAGUGUUAGAAAUUCUUCAUUUUUUGCAAAAGAAGAGUAAACAUUUUAGUUUGGUUUGUUUACUAAAUUUUGGAUUUAAAAAUUUACUACGGUUCACGAGUUAAACACUUUCGUAGUGUCACUGACUAUAUAACGACAGAGAUAUAUAUCUGUGAUUUAAUAAGAUAUUUUUCCUUCGUUCAGCUGUUUUGCUGAGUAAUUAUUAUUCAAAAUUGGGAAAAUGGGGAAAGAUUAUUAUAAAAUUUUAGGGAUUAAUAAAUCCGCGACGGACGAUGAGAUUAAGAAAGCAUAUAGAAAAUUGGCUCUCAAGUACCACCCAGAUAAGAACAAGGCUCCCUCGGCUGAAGAACAGUUCAAAUUGGUUGCAGAGGCAUACGAAGUUUUAAGUGAUAAGAAGAAACGUGAAAUUUAUGACCAGUAUGGCGAAGAGGGGUUGAAAGGAUCAUCGGGUGGGGGUGGUGGGGGCAACCAUCAGAAUCACGGUGGUCAUCAAAACUUUACGUAUUCGUAUCAUGGAGAUCCGAGAGCUACGUUUGCUCAAUUUUUCGGAACGUCGGACCCUUUCGCCAGCUUUUUCCAAAUGGGAGGUCUUGGUGGUGGUAUUUUCGACGAUGAUGGUCACGAAGAUAAUUCUUUCAUCAAUUUCGGAAUGCCUGGGGGACGAAGAACUCAAAGCUUUAACAUUCAUGGGACACCGAGCAAGAGUAGGGAAUUUCAGCAGCAAGACUCCGCCGUGGAACAUGACCUUUACGUCUCUCUUGAAGACAUUGACAAGGGAUGUACAAAAAAGAUGAAGAUCUCUCGAAAUGUGAUCGUCUCUGAUGGCACGAGAAAGAAGGAGGAUAAGGUGUUAACCAUUGUUGUAAAAGCGGGGUGGAAGGCGGGGACGAAGAUUACCUUUCCACGCGAGGGGGAUCAAACCACGGGGAAAAUCCCUGCCGACAUCGUCUUCAUCAUCAGAGAUAAGCCACAUCCUACGUUCAAGAGGGAGAAUUGCGAUAUUAGAUAUACGGCUAAAGUUGCGCUGCGUGAUGCUUUAUGCGGAACAAUCGUGGAAGUACCUACCUUGGGAGGCCAGCCCCUUCAGCUGAACAUGCUAAGUCGCGUCAUCAAGCCCUCGACCGUGGAGAAGAUUCCAGGCAAGGGGCUACCCUAUCCCAAGGAACCUAGUCGCAAAGGUGACCUCCUCGUCUCCUUCGAUAUCAUCUUCCCCGAGAAACUCCCCACCGAAACGAAGGAUCUCUUACGGGAUAUUUUACCUGCCAAGUAAUAAUUAUGCCGUAAUUAUUCUUUAAGGAGUUAGAAAUAAAUAAGUAUGUACUUUAACUUUACUUAAUAACACACUGAAAUUCGUAUUUCAACCACACAAUCAAUCAACAUCAAAGAUUAUAUUAUUAAUUUAUAUGAUAAUAUCUGUUCUUUGAGUUUUCAACCUCGUGAGUGAAGUCGAGUCGAAUACGAAGUUAUGUCGGAAUUAUGAUACUUGAAAAUAAACAAGAGAAGAUGUACGUGUAGUUGUCACCACUUAUCUAAUUAGGAUAUGGUACUAAAAUAUUUUAAUUAACUAUUAUAAUAUUUAUACUUUAAGGCCAAAUUAUUCCAUGUAAGUAAGAAUUUAUUUUUUAUUUCUGAACUGAACAUUGUUGUACCACUAUAUACUGAUCGUAAAUCGUGCUACAGUGCGUGUAUGAAAUGAACAGGACAUAAUUAUAUCAGCAUUUAAUCAUAAGAUUAAUUAAAUACUUAAUAUUUCUAAAUAACAACAGAUUAAUAAAUAAAAUUAAAAAAUUACUAUAUUCAACUACAUAUUACUUACUUACUACCAAAAGUACCUAAUUAUUGUUGCUAAAAUCUGCACCAUGAAUAACUUUUAAUUCUUGUAUAAUAAAGAAAUUGUGAUGGAUAA